AUGGACACCACGCCAUCGCAACCGUCGGAUUCGCAACCCAAACCCACCGACGACUCCGCAAAGCCCGCCGACACAGGCGCCGGCACCUCCGGAGGCGCCGAGGAGAAAUUCACAUCAGAAAAAGAGAUCAUCGGAAGAUGGAACGAGCUACGCGCAGAAAUCCAACGGCUCUAUUCCCGCAUCGCGGAGCACGAGCAGGAAUUGGCGGAGCACCGGCUAGUUUCCGCCGCGAUCGAGGGCAUGGACCCCUCCCGCCGCUGCUUCCGCGCGGUCGGCGGAGUUUUGGUCGAGCGGCGCAUCGGGGAGGUGGUUCCCGCGGUCGCGCGCAACGCGGCGGCGCUCGAAGCGGUGCGCGGUUUAACAUCCGCGUGCGGCCCGUGGAUGAGCUGUCGCGGGGGAGGGCUGGCGCGGAGGGGGGCGCGGGGGGAGGCGCGGGGGGAAGCGCGGGAGGCGGAGCGGGGGGAGCGGAGUCGAGCAAAGCGGCGGGAGCGUCGCAAGGGGUGUUGGUGGGGACGAGUGCUGCUCGCUAAGAGAUCUGAUCUGAAGUCUACCUGUGCUGUUCUGCCUGCCUGCAAGUGUGUCUCCUCCAGCCUCUAG